AUAACAACUAGCAGGCAGUUGGUGGCACCGGACUGCGCCUGGGCGAGCCCGACUGCAGCGACGAUCCACCGGCUCGACCGAAGAAGAAUCCGUGCGAUCCACCCAAGGGCCCCUGUCGGCCGAGCCAUCCACCGGGCUAUCCUCCGUCUUCGAAACCGCGGCCAAAGGGAAAGCCAUUCUGCGUUAAAUGCCCGCCCAAGAAACCAUGCAACGACGAUCCAUGCUAGGUCGCGUCAACGAGGCUGUUCAUCGAGUCGAUGCACCGUCGGCAAGUCCGGCGAGAACGUCUGUCGGAAUGAUGGGGGAGUGCUUGGAAAUCGGAUACAGCACGAGGCCUGUUUUCGGGAUUGGAGAAUUGCGUCAAAUCCGAUGGAACAGAAACCCUUUGACGUCCAGCCAAGAAGGACGAGUUCGCAGGAGGAAUUUCUCUUCUCGCAAGCUCAUGGACACGCCUCCAACGGAUGAAAUAUGGAGUCGAGCUGGCGAGGGAGUGAGAAACAGUUCGUCCAAACCGUUCUCGGUUACGACAGAACAACCGAUGGCGAUGAUGCUGCCAGCAGACACAGCUAAUUACCAGAUCUCACUGCCAGAUGAAGAAUUUUCCAGUCCAAUGUCCUUGAGAGCGUUCGCAUCGGCUGAAAAUGAUAUUCCGCCAUCUUCACCUCGCUAUCGUGAGUCAGCGGAGUUUAAACGCCCGAUGAAUCCGACGAAGAGCCGCUCGCACAAUGCACCUCGAUUACGCUCCACUUUGACUAUGCAACGCGAAUGCGAUCGAUUGCAAUCGGAGAACAAGGAUUCCGAAACUUCUUCUCAACUUUCACGCAGUCCGAAUCCCUCUCCGUCCUUAUCGUACCCUGAAGCUUGCCGACAGACGAAACCGAAGUGCUCGCGAGACAUAUGUGGGACUUUACGGAAACCACGGACGCACGAAAUAUUCAAAGUGUCCGCUUACUGCGGUCUCCGUCACCCGAUUCCACCGCGAAGACUUCAUCGGCGAGGAUUUCACAGCACCACGAUGCUUCUCGGCAAAGGGAGCUCCGACAAAUCCACCGGCUGUCGAAAAAUGGACGAUAUUUGCGAAACAGCCGAGGACAACAACUGCGGUAAGCCCUGCAAGAGGCAGGACGCCUGUCACCGGGAGAAAGUCAAGUGCGAGAAGCCGCAGGAGGAGGAGAAGAAGAAGGAGAUUCUGAGGAAAGCGAAGGAGCCGCCGCCGUGCAGGGACUCCUGUUUGCCGAGGAGCAAAUGCGACCUCCCCAGGACUGAGCCGCCGAUGAAGAUGACGUACGAGAAGGUGACGUGUCCGCCGUCGAAAUUCGCGAAACUCGCCUCGUGUCCGUCGGUGCGGGAGGACGCGAGAAUGAAGUACACUGAGCCGCCGCCCAUGGAACUCGACGCGGCGAAAAGAAAGAGCAAGAAGAAGAAGAUCUGCCCGCCACCAGCAUUGCCGAAACCGCCGUGCACACCUAUCCUCCUGUGUCCCUGCCCGCCGCCGCCUAAAAUACACCCCGGGUCGUGCCCGUGUUACGAGCACAAGAACGAAGUCAAACCGCACACGCUGCCAGCAGCGUGCCCUCCGAAGAAACCGUACCCUUGCCCCACGGCGGUGCACUACUGUCCCCCGAAGAAAUGCGAAAAGACAUCGGCUUGCGAGAAGCACCCGCCGAAUACACGGAAGCCUUGAAAAAGUUUCAACGCGCAGCAAGUAGUACGCGAUACGCAACACUGGUUAGGUCGUUAUCUUCCAAACAUUUGAACAAGCGCUCGCGCGUCAGGUACUUUUUACCUUUCCUUCCGGCGCUGUUCGUUCAGGAGUAAUUAGCACGACACGAUUUACGACGAGGACGAAGGCGCGCUCGAAGGCGAGAGAAUGGCGGUGAUUUCUGCGAGAUCUAUGAAAUUGGAGGUUCGGUCUCCUGGAUCGAUAAUUGUCAAUAAUUCGAGGCUGACUCGUUCACCAUCCGUCAGCUCGUGCGAUCGAUGGGCUGGCCAGUUUUUCGUCCGACAGUCUCGUAUUUUGCGACGAGAAGGAACAAAGGAGAAAGGGAGUACGCACCAUUGGUCGCGAGAGUUGAAGUGCGAGGUGAACAAACCGGCUGACGAUGCGUGUUGCUUGUCGCGUGACUGACGGAUUGUUUAUUCUAAAAUUGUGCGCUGUUGAUAAAUGCGGGCAUCGCGCCGCGUCGCGUCGCGUCGCGUCGCAUUAAUAAAGCCCCGCGAAAAUGUGUACGCUGAAAAGCACACAACUCGCACCGAUAAUUUCGACAAAUCGAGUCGAACUUUCAACGAAAAUGAUACUCAAGUGUCUCUUUUUCUCGAAAUUUCGAAUAUAGACUUUGUUGGCCAUGCGACGUGCGACAUGCAUUUUAUUAAUUUUUUAAGAAAAAAACCCAAGUCUAAAUUCGAAUAGAUCUCGCAGAUAAUUACACGCACAAAAUAGAAGAAACGUACUCUGCUGUUUUUACGCACAUUCCGUGGGCCGAAGAUCCCCGGCGAAGCUUCAGCGGAGAAACUGGCGCAAUUGAUUGAAACAGGUGAUUAAAGAAUUUCAGAUUAUCGAUUUGCACACAUUUGGAGAAUGCAAGCGCUCGGGAAUUACAUCCAUGAACUUUUUCUAACGCCCAACGUAACCGAAAAAACAUAUAUCAUUUAUUGGAAAAUAUUUCUUCAGCGACGAAACUUGGAAAAAUUUACACAGAGAUCUGUGUCGCAGUUUGUGUACGGCGCAUUACAAUCAUAACAGAGGAAAAUGUAGCUGCGAAUUUGUCAAAUCCCUCUUAGCAUCGUGUAAAUAAAAUCUUGCUC